AUGGCCAAACAGGACGACUCCCGGAAUCUACGUCCGCUCGUCGAGGAGUAUCUCGCAGUCUUCGACGAGCCCCUAUAUCACCAUCUGGAUAUUCCAUCAUGGGUUCUCGCUGUCUCACCAAGUGCCGCUUCGGGCCAUCUCUUCACCGUGCGCAAGCUCAUCCGAGCCAUGUACAAUACUGCUGCCAACCUCCGCCUUGAGGACGGGGAACGAUACGUUUUAACUACAGUCUGCGCCUGUGCGGACAACGCCAAGAAGAAGCUUUCGCCGGAGGCCCAGAACGACGCGCUCGCACUCUAUUCGCGGCAGAUGGAGUCCGUCCUUCGACGGGACGGCCACAAAUGCGCUCUCACCGGUCGCCCCGAAGCCGGCUACUGGGCCUUGUAUCAAUGGGAACACCCCGAGGCUGAAGUGCCCGGACCCAUCUGGGACACAGUAGGAGCCGCACAUAUCUUCAAGUGCCCCUUUAUACAUUGUCUGCCCAUUUUGACAACAACGAUCAGGUACGUCGGCGAGCCUCUGGCUGGGAUUACCCUGGAUAUUCUCCGCCGCUAUGCUCAGCUCUCGGACGAGUGCAUCGGGGGCAUGGCGGUCAUCGACAGGCAGGAGAACGCUAUAUCGCUUUUCCACACCUUCGGAUUCUGCUUGGCACCCACGGAGGUCAGGCAGUACGAUGGUACAGAUGCAUCUGCUAGCCAGUUUCCGAGCCGUCAACUCUUACGGUUACACGCUACUUUGGCCGGCAUUCUACACGAGAGCAGUGCGGCGAAAAUGUUCGCCCAAUUGAUGGGUCGUUACACGGAUCUCUUCCGUGGUUCAUUAGAUCCCCCCACGGCGACCGGUGGCCGAGAAGAGGUUCCGGAGGAGGUUUCGGAAGAGCGGCCGGGCAAGCGCUAUCGGUCGGCGCUGUCUGUCGCAGUAAUCUGA